AUGGGUGCCGACCCCAUGCAGGCCGGCUCCCAGGCCCACACCCUGGUGGCCGACAUCCGCAAGCGCAAGGGCAUCAAGCCCGAGGUGCAGCCGCUGGGCGAGUACGAGGACAAGGUGAGGGGGCGGGGCCUGGUGGGCGACGACGCGGGAACCUGGGCCCUUGAGCGCCUGAUGCUUUCAGGGGAUGCAGCGCGCAACAAGCUUAUUGACCUGAUUGACUCGAAACGCGGCAAGAAGGCGCUCGUGCUGGACCCCGCCCUGAGCGGCCCCCUGACACUGCUGGACGCGCAGCUGAGCGCCCUCCUGACAGAGCACGGCGUUGCAAAGCUGCUGUACCUGGAGCGCAGGCGGCUGGACGACGCGGCAUACAACCAGGCGGAGCCGCGGCUGGUGGGGCUGCGGCCGCUGGUGUACAUAGCCCGGGCCACCCUGGACAACGCGCAGCUCAUCGCAUGGCAGAUAAAGAACACGCCAAGGUCGGCGCAGGAGCACGAGUUCAGCGUGUUCUGGGUGCCCAGGCGGUCGGUAGCUGUCGAGAAGCUGCUGGAGGAUGAGGGGGGUGAGUUCCCGAUGGACCUGGUGCCCCUGGAUGACGACGUGCUGUCACUCGAGCUGGACAGGGCCUUUGCGGACUGCACCCUGGACGGGGACGCCAGCAGCCUCUACUACGCAGCAGCUGCCAUCAUGCACCUGCAGCAUGAGUUUGGGCUGAUACCGCGGAUACAGGGCAAAGGCCCCGCAGCCGCGGCAGUCAGGGACAUCUGCAUCAAAAUGCGCAAGGAGCGCCCCCCGCCCGCGCCGGGCGCCGCCGGCGCCGGCGCCGGUGGCCCCGGCCGCAUCGGUCGGCUGUUCCUGAUUGAUCGCGAGGUGGACCUCGUGACCCCGAUGAUGACUCAGAUAACUUUUGAGGGGCUCAUCGACGAGGUUACGGGCAUCAGGCACGGGUCGGUGCCGCUGGCGGGCGCUGCGGCCGGCGAGGCAGGCAGCAGCGGGGGAGCCAAGGCGCGCGGCGGGGGCGGGUCAACGCUGGUCAACAGCAGCGACCCUUACUACGCAGAGUUCAGAGACCUGCCCUACUACACCGCCAGCCAGAGGCUCACGCAGUACGCGCGCGAGGCGCGGCGAGACUAUGGUGAGCUGGGCAGCAAGGACCUCACGGAGCUCAAGUCUUUUGUGAAGGGCCUGCCCAAGCUGCUGCUGCUGGACAGGCUGAGCGACCUGCUGGUGCCCGUGGCGGAGGUGGUGAAGCAGCCGUCCUUCCACCGGCGCCUCAAGGCUGAGCUUGACCUGGUGGAGGGGGUGGAGGUGGAGGAGGCAGUGGCAUACAUACAGGAGCUGAUGUGGAGCGGCGCGGACAUGCCGUCGGUGCUGCGGCUGCUUGUGCUGCUCAGCAUAACCCAGGGCGGCAUGCCCAAGAAGCACUGGGACCCGCUGCGGCAGGAGUUUGUGGCGGCCUACGGCCACCAGCACCUGCUCACGCUGCACUCCCUGGAGAAAGCGGGCCUGCUGCGGCUGCAGCAGGGCGGCGGCGCGCUGGCCGGGGGCCUGACCGGCCGCACGGGCGGCUUUGGCGCAUUGCGGCGCGCGCUGCGGCUGGUGGUGCCCGAUGGCGACCAGAUGGAGCGCCCGACGGACAUCAGCCACCUGUACAAGGUGGUUAUUCCUAAAACGCACGGUACACCUGUCACCCGCCAUCCGCCACCCGUCACCCGCACCAUCGCCAGCCCCGACAGCAUCAGGACAGGCACCUGUUGA